GUUCGAUGAGAAGGAAGAAGCAGACUGCCAAAAGCACCCAAGAAGUACCAUCUACACACCACGGGGCUGUGUUUGGAAUGAGUACAAGAUGUAUGUAACACCAAGUAUCGCUUCAUGUCACUCCGUACCUCUCAUUCACACCCUUCUCUUCGGCGAUUUGGAUAUAUAACACGAUAGCCUCCUCCCCCUUCCCUCUUCGAGUUGCUAUCCCACCACAGUGUCUCCUACCUCUAUCACCUUGACCAUCUGCAACACACACGCACAUGUCUGUAUAUCUUCAGAGUCGAGGGCUUGAACCAUACCCAUCAUCAACCAUGUUCUCCAUGCAACAACAACACCACUACGCCUACCAGGCGCACCAACCCCAACCGCCCCGUCAGUAUUCCGGCCACGGAACAAGCAGUGCUUUCAGCAGCUCGGCAAACCCUGAUGAGGACUGGACAAAGAUCUCGGAUCUGGCUGAGCGCAGGAGAAUUCAGAACCGCAUUGCGCAGCGCAACUACAGGAAGAAGCUUAAGAAGCGUCUGGAGGAUCUUGAGAGGCGGGCCGGCACAUCAGAUGACUCCUCGUCGUCACCCGGAACAGAAAAGACCAGUCCCGCCAGCAAGACCACAAAACGCGCCCAACAACAGACUGCAAAGGCCCAGAAACAGGCCUCAGUGUCGCAGCAAAAACCGGUGCCGGUCAACAAGAAUCAGUUCACACCCCCGAUGCAUCCCGAAGACGACUACACCUUCGGCGCUUCGUACGACGAGAGGGAUCGAUCGCUUUCGCACUCGCCGCCCAUGUUCACCUACCCAUCGUACCCCCCUCCCCCCGAGGAGAUGCUCUACGCCCCCGUGCACUCGUACCGGGCGGUGACAACAGAGGCGGCCUACCACGAUUACUAUACAACUGCGCCAGUACCGGUGACGCUCCCCUCUAUGGCACCUUUUAGCGACGCCAUCAAGCGUGAGCCGGGCUAUCCCGGUGCGGACGACACUGUUUACAUGAACUACGGUUAUCUCCCGAGCGUCGACAUGAAUACCGGGGCUCCUUCACCAUACGACAACAUGCCUCACACUCCUCCUCUGCAACACCCAUACGAUCACUCGGCUAGCUGCUCCGAUUCGGGUAGCUACGAGUACCCUAGGACACCCUUGUCGAUACCUAGCUCCCCGGGCAUGGUCUCGCAACAUAUGUGAAGCCUCUCUCUCUCUUCACUUCAUGAUGACUUUAGCCAUUGCCAGUUAUGGUGAUGAUCGGGCGCAAACUUUAUUUAUUCGCUUCUACACUGUACAACUUUUUGGUGCUCACAACCCAUGUGGGAAUUUUGGAGAUUUAGGGGGGAAAGGACUUACAAAGGAAAGGGACAAACCGGUUGGACGAUCACUCUGCUCUUUCUUUUGUUUGAAUUUUCUAUGACUUGAGGCAAGGCAUGGCACAGGUUUUUCUUUUUGCGGAUAUCAUUUUUUUUUUCACGGGAUUCCAGCGUUCACGUGGGUUCGAAGUGCUCGAACACGCUUUACGAAUAAAGAUUUCUGACAUUUCUCAAUUUGUUGGGGCUAAAGGACCAUGAAUACCAUCACAUCUAUUCACUCAGAAUACUCUCUCUGUUGUUGUUUGAUUCUGUGAUUUUUGAGUAGUUUGAAGCUUUGGCUCAAAUGGCAACAGUAACCUGCUCCGUGG